AUGCCGAAAGUUGUUUCGCGCAGCAUCGUGUGCUCCGACACAAAGGAUAAAGAGGAAUAUAAUCAAGGUGCAACGAGUGUCACCGUUUACCACUGUCUUUGUGGACAGAUGGCUUUGAUCUUGGGUAAGAUACAGAUUGUUUUACGUAGAACAGCCUUAUUUGGUCUCUUUUUUGUGGCUAAUAAUUCGUUAGAUUCACUUUUACGUAAAAAUAGCCGAUGCACUGUCGUUAAAAUGUUUUCGAUUUCUUUGAAUUUUAGAGUAAAUGAAUUGAGCUACUGUAAGACAAAUUAUGUAUCUCUGUAACAGAGUUUGGGAAGAGUUCUUAAAUCAAAAAGUAGUUCAAAACCUUAACUUCAUGCCGGGUUUGAAUAUUGGUUGGAAUUCUCCCAACCCCUCUUGUGUUUACAUGUACAUGAGGAUGUGUAAAUGUUUAAAAAAAAAUUGUUUUUGCUUAUGACGAUUAUUCCCCAAAUCACUGUUAAUGUUACAUGUAUCUCAUUAUUUCCACCUUCUUUGAAGAACAGUAAUCUUUUCUGUCUUUUAGAUAUAUCGUAAAAUAGAAUAACCCUUUUUUUCACUUCUAUUAAGCGGUCACCUUCUCAAGACCAAAAAACCAAUUACUUUUGAUACUUUUAACACUGAUUUUUAUUAAGCGUUCACCUCUAUUAAGAGGUUGGGGUCACCUUUUCCAUUAACCUUCUUAGUUGUCAAGAUACAAGUGCAAUAGAAUACACUGUACAUAGCAUUCACUGGUCUUUUGCUCUCUUUCUUUAAGGUCAACUUGUCAUGUGAUACAACACUGCCACCAUCUAUUUUCUUUCUUUAAAAAAAAAUGAUGGGCCAAACUUCUUUAGAUACAUUAAUGCAGGUUUGACUGUAUAAUAUUGAAGGAAAAAAAACUGCAGUGAUGUAUAGUCGUACAGCUGUGACAUCUCUAAUACAAUUAUACACCCCUGGUUGUCACUUGUGGCACUAAGAUUUCUACAUACAGUGUUCCAGCCAGGGUGUGCCAUUGUGUGAAUCCUGCGAAAGAUCGAGAGAUGGCCCCCACCAAAAGCAUUCAAGGGCCAUCAUGGCCCUUUCCUUCGUUAAUUCCCUGGGCUUAAAAAUGUCUCUGAUACUUCAACUACAAUAAUUUUCCAAUUAAACGGAAUUUUUAAUCUAAAGAACAACAACUCCAUACCUUUGUACACAACGUGAAAAUCAAUCGAUGAAUCUUCUUGAGUUUACCUGAUUUACUGUGAGUGGUCUGGAGACCACUGAGCCUCGACUUGGCUUUUGUAAUAUCGCAGGAGCUAAUGGGUAUCCAUCAUGGUGUCUCAAAUAAGGAUAAACCUGACAAACGCAUCUUCGAGGUUUAUCGAAAGUUUUUUCUCAGUAAGUAACAAAAAAGUGGAUGGAGGCGAAGCAGUUCAGAGGAAGCGAAAGGAAGCAGAUCUUGACGGUUAAGUGGAAAAUGAGAUGAAAAAAUUACUUACUAUUUUUACUUUUUUAUUUUUACUUUAUUACUGAAGAUUUCCUCUAUUGUGUAUAAAGAGGGAUGCUCCAUGUCAGCUUCAAAUAAACUGCCAUUUUCAUUUCCUUAACAUUCCAACUGUUUCUUCUCUUUUGCAUAUUAGAAAGAUACUGGUACACUGGCCCUUUCUUGAAAUAUCUGGCCCCCAAAAAUGGGUUGUAGGAGCCACUUUGGCCCUCAAGCAGAAAUUUCUGGCUGGAACACUGUACAUAUAAAGUCUGAUACACUUUUUGACUCUUACUUUAUUUUUUUACUCACAUAGGAAUAAUUGUCUUUCAACAGCUCUUAAAUGUUAAAAUAAGUAAUGUAUGAGGGUUGCAAAAAAUAGUGCUAGAGCUAUAAUACUGGAAAAUAAUUUCAAAAAUCCAAGUUCCUUGAACUUGGAAACAUGAAAUCUUUGAUGCUCGAUUCUUGCAUAAUGAAACUUUCCUUUUUUGCACUUUGAGCCGCAAGAAUUGAGAUUGAAGGAUCAAGUCAAGACAGUCAACCUACUUUUUGAUCAGUACAGCUUGUUUUUACAGCAUGGAUGGUGACAUUUUGUAUUUUCAAAGUUGUUCAUGUAUUUGCUACAGUUAGCUGUGGUAUGAGAGGUGCCACAAUGAAGCACUCCUUUCAAAACCAUCGAUUUUAUGCUUUAUUAAUUUACGAUAUUUUUAAGAUAAUUUUAUUAUAAAUCUCCUAUUUGAAAUUUUUUCAUCCUUGUAGAUAGUACGCUUGAGAAGCUUCCACUUCGAAGAACUGACCAUGCAAGAGUCAUAGACGGUUCAAAACAUGCUCAUAAGCUCACCUGUGUUGAUGGAGACACUGUUUUCUUGAAAAGGUACAAACUUAAUCAUAAUGUACAUUGAAUUUGUUAAUCUACCUUUUUCAUUCUCACAAUAAUUUCUGAAAUUUAUUGGUUACUCAGUGACCCUGAGACAGCUUUUCUUCAUCUUUGACAUCCCACUGUUUGAGAACAAUUUGUGUUUUAAUUAGUUCAGUUACUGCCUGCAAAUAUAAUGUUAUUAUGUACAUAUAAAACAUGUUAUGAUGAAUGUUUUUCUAAUAUUCCUCUCCUUGUUUUACAUUAAUUUUAAGGCCAGGUGGUAUUGAAAGGCAAUUUCGCUUGAAGUGCAAAAAGUGAGUCAAGGAUUAUUACAUGUAGUCUCUGUCAGUGUUUAUCAUAUUUGUGUCAGUACAGAUUGUCUAUUGUCAAGGAACUCUUUAUACAGAUCAUGUAUUAGAAUUUUACACUGUACAUUCUCUGGAAUAUGCACACCUGUAUAAUGCAGACCUUUGGCUCUGUCCCUUUGGUGUCCAUAUUAACCCUUUAAGCCCCAGUAUGAACAUACAAAUUCUCCAAACUGAUCUGCAUACAUUUCCUUAAGAAUUAGUUGAGAGAAUUUGAUAAUAGAUCAUGGCAUUUUCUCUUGGGUGAUCAUUUUAUUUAUUCUCAUAACAUAUCUCUUGACAGUGUUUGGAUAUUGUUAGGAGAAAAUUGAUCUUGGUCACUAUUGGGACUUAAAGGGUUAAGGAGGUUUUACAACCUGGAACAUAAUUAUAAUAAUUUCUGUGCUGGAGACUCAUUUUACAGUAGGGUAGGUGGAAUUACUAUGAUUUCAUAUACUCUUUUCUUUGUGUUUUCACUUUAGGUGCAAUUUAUGGCUAUUUUACAGACCUUCAAAGAAGGAUCAAACCAUUACUUUUGUAGUUGAUGGUGAGAGAGAAGAACAUCUCCUAAAAUAAUUACAUGUAUAUUAUUUUGAUCUUCCAUACAUACUUGUCAGGACUAUUCCAUCUAUUUGAAAGUAGCUUGCAUAGUGUUUCCAUGUGGUUGCGGAGCAAGGAAAGACCGAGGAACGAUAUUCGGUUUUCGCCGCACAAAAAAUGGAACGAGAGCCAAAACAUUAAAGAGGUGGGAGGGGAAGUGGAAAGAAGGAAGCACUCGCAGACAAACCCUGGGAAUUUUGAAUACCCUGCUCACCAGAGAACAGGGUGCCUGAUUGGCUCGGCUAGUGGAACAUUAUUUACAUACAAUAAUUUAUAUUGAUCAAAGUUGUUUUGUACUGAGAGGUGGUGACUAUUGUGGUUAUUGUUUCUUUUUCGCAAGAUUUGCUCUUCUUGCUGCUAAAUUAGGGUUUCAGAUUGUUUUAACUUACAAAAAUUAAUGUAAAACGCCUCCUGGAUCUGAAUACAUGUAACAAAAAGCGAUUUUCUCCUUUCCAUGAAUGCGAUGGUUUCUUGCAAUGUUUUGUUACGCUGGGCCCAGCUUGGUAGUACUUUUUGCAGGAUAUUAAAUUCUCACAGAUAGUGAUUUACAGAUCCAAAUUUUGAAGAAUGGAUUGCUACAGUAACUAUGGAGAAAUGCAUUGUGACUCAGUCGAGAUCGCUCUUUAACAGGGCUUCUGAUAUUCUGCGAUGUUGCGAUUUCGCAUAACUGACCUCAAAUCGCAACUUUUCGCAUAAUUCGUCAAAAAUCGUAUAAUUCAGGCAAAAUUGCAAAAUUCGAGGAAAGAACAAGGAAAUAUUCGCUUCUUACUUAAGUUCUACGACAGUUUAAGGUGACUCGACCCAGUUUUUUUGGGGGGGUACCAUCCUACUUUGAAGCUCUCUGGUAUCCCCACCUUUACUUUUAUCGUAAGUCUAACACAUAGAAUGGAUAACAUAUAGAUCAAUCUACAAUAUAACAUAAAAUUUUUGGCGAUCGGAGUAAAUGUCACGUGGUUAUAAUGCCACGCCCCUUUGAGGUCUGAGUCGAAAAUCUGCUGUUGCCGGCAUUUUUUCGUGAAAAUCUCUCGGCUACACAUAGUGCGCAUUAGUGCCUUGCGCUGAACAGAGUUUCACCAAAAUCGCAAAGACCCAAUUCGAGAAAUUCAGCGGUUUCCAAAUUUAGGUCAUAAUUUAUGCGAAAAUGAUAAGCAAACUUUACACGGAUUAUAUCUAAUAAACUAUGAGAUUCAUCUCUUUAUUUUGGGCAUCGUUAUAACAGAUGGGUCCUUGCAAGUCAGCAAAACGCUUUAGGGCCUUGUAAAUGCGCGCGAUUUCGAGCAAAGCAAACAUAUAGAAAUUAUAGUUUUCGCUAUUUGUUGACGUUUGUCAGCGUUUAAGAGUCCUUCUCACGAAAAAAGCAUUUUCUUAAAAAUUCGUAGUUUUUUUUCCUUCAAAUUUUUUCAGGGCCACAAUUGAUUAACUAACUACCCGGACUCUGAAUUUCAUGGUCAUUGAAAAACUGUGACAUUAUCUUCUAUAAGCCCAAACUUGAGUAAACAUUGAAGAUUUUUAGCGUUUUGGCUGAGUUUGUGCUUUGGGAGUUGUCUAUUGUUUCUAGUCUGUCAUUAUACAGCAUUCUUGUUCAGCACGCGUGCAAUGACCGCGCUUGGCUGACUUCCGAAUGCUCACCGAGAUAUAAUAAUUUUGGUACAGUGAGACAGGCCAUCGCGUGAUACAUAGAGGUUUAAGUCACAAUUUUUAAUCAAUUCUCGUGCUUCUUGUGCCUUUGCAA